AUGAUACCCAUGUUCGGUAUGGUGCCCGUGGUGAUGGGCGCUCCACGAGGAGAUUACUGCGCUCUGGCGCCUCCAAAUUCUUUCAUUCAUGUGAAUAAUUUUUCGUCCCCUGCCGAGGUGGCUAGUUAUCUCCAUUGGCUGGACAGAAAUGACACCGCCUACGCAUCCGACUUUUCAUGGAAAGCAUACGGAAAUGUUGUGGUGAGAUAUUGUGUAACACUUUCUUCCCCAGUCUCGUUUGACAAAGGUUAUGUAUUAUAG